AUGUGGUGGGCCGAGCGGCCUGAGCAGGGCUCACUUCGUGCCAUUAUUCAGGCACACAGUCGAAAAUGCAUCCUUGUCAGAGGCAUUGCUUGGACUGGGAUUCAUCUUCGCAUCUUGAAUGUUCGGUUCCAGCCAGGAGAUGAACAGCUAGCCAACGCGCGAAGCAUGUGGCAGACUUCUCCGGGCGAGAUCGCGGUGGCGGAAUAUCUAAAGAUCAAGUCGCUUCAACUGGACUUUGACGGAAGGGUUGUUGACUUUGUAUAUACGGAUGGGAUUUUUAAGAGCGACACCGGCGACUCUUGCAUUGCUUACGUUAAUCUAAAUACAGUAACCUUUCUGCGAAGAGCAUACAUCUGGGGGGCCCGGGGGGCCCAGCUAUCGCCAUCUAACACUCCUAUGAUACGCCUUCGACAAAAGAAGCAGCGUCAACUUACACCUCCAGACUUGGCCGAAGAUCCCUAUAUACUAUGCAUUUUGAUCGCCCUAGCUCAGAAACAACUAGAGGAUCGAGACCAGACAGACGAACCCUUACGGGUGUCUUUGCUUGCCCUUCCAGGAGCGCGAGCAAGCCACCUCUACUUUUACACGGCUUGCUUCCCCUUCAGCUUUCUGAACAAGUUUACCGAGCCCUCUCUAUUCCUCGAAUGCCCUACUGUUUCAAUUUCGUAUGUGAAAAUCCCUUUGGACAAGCCUGAAGAGUUCCUUUAUCACCUGAAAGGCGUGCUGCUUGAGACGGAUGUAUUGGGGACAGAGGAAGAGUCAUAG